GCGGAGCGCGCGGGGGUGAAACUGACACUUUGGGCCAGUCUCUAUGGGGCCGCUCGUGGCCGCACGUCACCGCGUUGCCGGCACGUCACGCCGGCUUGACGCUCCCAGUACAAAGUAAGAUUAUUGUUUCUUCUCUGGAGAGUGAACGUCUAAAGAAUUGAUUUCAAGGAUCUGGUAACAUGGCAAAAGAUGCCGGCCUAAUUGAAGCAAAUGGAGAGCUAAAGGUUUUUAUAGACCAAAACCUCAGUCCUGGAAAAGGAGUUGUUUCAUUAGUAGCCGUUCAUCCUUCUACAGUGAGCGCUGUUGGGAAGCAGCUCUUGCCCAAAACUUUUGGACAGUCCAAUGUCAACAUCACCCAGCAAGUGGUAAUUGGUACACCUCAGAGAUCUGCUGCGCCAAAUACUAUCCUUGUAGGAAGCCCACAUACGCCUAACACCCAUUUUGUAUCACAGAACCAGGCUUCAGACUCCUCACCGUGGUCGGCGGGGAAGCGCAAUAGAAAAGGAGAAAAGAAUGGCAAGGGAUUAAGACAUUUUUCAAUGAAGGUUUGUGAGAAGGUACAGAGAAAAGGAACCACUUCAUAUAAUGAAGUGGCAGAUGAGUUGGUCGCAGAGUUCAGUGCUGCUGAUAACCACAUUUUACCAAAUGAAUCACAGGCUUAUGACCAGAAGAAUAUAAGACGAAGAGUCUAUGAUGCCUUAAAUGUCUUAAUGGCCAUGAAUAUUAUCUCAAAGGAGAAGAAGGAAAUAAAAUGGAUUGGUCUACCAACGAACUCAGCUCAAGAAUGUCAGAAUUUAGAGGUAGAGAGGCAGAGAAGACUUGAAAGAAUAAAACAAAAGCAGUCUCAACUUCAAGAACUUAUUCUACAGCAAAUUGCCUUCAAGAAUUUGGUGCAGAGAAAUCGUCAAGCAGAACAGCAAGCCAGCCGACCACCACCUUCCAACUCUGUCAUACACCUACCCUUUAUCAUUGUGAACACCAGCAAGAAGACAGUGAUCGACUGCAGUAUUUCUAAUGACAAAUUUGAGUACCUAUUUAAUUUCGACAACACAUUUGAAAUCCACGAUGACAUAGAAGUAUUAAAGCGAAUGGGGAUGGCUUGUGGGCUAGAAUCUGGAAGCUGUUCUGCAGAAGACCUAAAAAUGGCAAGAAGUUUGGUACCUAAAGCUCUGGAACCAUAUGUGACAGAAAUGGCUCAGGGAUCAAUCAGCAGUGUAUAUGUCACAUCAUCAUCAGGUUCAACUUCAAGUGGCACAAGGUUUUCUGCCAGUGAUUUUACCAAUGGUACAGAUGGAAUGUUGGCAACGAGUUCCAACGGCUCUCAGUACAGUGGCUCCAGAGUUGAAACUCCAGUAUCUUACGUUGGGGAAGACGAUGACGAUGAUGAUGACUUUAAUGAAAAUGAUGAUGAAGACUGAUUUCUUGGCGUGUAGACGUUUCCCUCCCUUCAAAUUCAGCUUCAGGAAUAAAUUGUUCUAGGGAAGAGAACUUUUUUUAAAAAUGUGGAUUUUUAUUUUUAUUUUUGAUCCUACCCCUAAGGAAAUAUUGGUAAGCUGUUGAAUUUAGAGAGUGCGGCUCUGAUAAGCAAGCAAGGAUUGUUUUUCGUAGGAUUUUUAAAAUGUGGUGUGAAUGUGUGUUUUGAUACCAGUGUGCUAAUGCAGAUCCUUUAUUUACUCGGUAGGAUUUUGUGUUUUGUUUUCUAAUAUUUUUUACUUGAAGGAAUGUCCAUUUUGCCCCAUAACAAUUCUCGCUGAAUUUGUUGAAGAAAUUGUACUUCAUCCACAUCAAUGAAAAUAAAAGGCUAUCCUUUUGUGGAAAAUGGUUCACUGAAUGGCCAUUUAUUUGCAGAGUGUUUUGAGUGGUGCCACUAAUUGAUGGAUAGCAAAUGAUACGUUUUUAUUUUGCUAAAUUAUUCAAUGUCCAAAGAACCAAACAAAAAAAAAGUUUUACUUUUUUAAACAUUAAGCUCCAUAAAUGCUAUGAAUUUAUUUCCCUUAAAUUAUAUUUACUGUUGUAAUUCCAUCAAGUUUAUAUAAUUUUCCUCUAUAUGUUGGUAUGUAUGGAUUAAAAAGGUUAAAAAAAAAAGUUUUUGUUUGGCAAAAGUUUACUGCCAUGCUGGUGCAGCUAUAUAAAAUAUCUUGAAGGUUUGGAAUGAUUUAUUGCUUAUGUAAAAUUUGCCUGAUUUCUUACAGGCAGACUUUGGAAACUUUUUAUUAUAUAGUUGUUUACAUACUUAUAAGUCUAUCAUUUAAAGACAUGUACAGAAACAAAUGUUUGUAUUUGUUUCGUAAGCAUCUUCCUGUAAUCUAUUAUAAAGUUGAAAUUAAAUAUAGAAAAUGUUUUAACAGUUUUUUAACUCAAAA